GAUAUGCGCUUCUCGAUUGUAUUUGUUCUUUCCGUCCUAGGAUGUCUCCUGCUUAUCCAGGAGGGCAGCAGUACCACAACCACAUCUACAACUACAGACGCGACCACAACCACAACUACCACGGCUUCAUCCGACACCACCACCACCACCACUGACGCUACCACCACCACCACCACCACGACCACUGCCUCCUCCUCGUCCUCUUCCUCUGCGGAGGCCAGGAGGCGCAGGCGUGCCCGUCGCCGCCGUCUGGCCCGUCAGCGCCAGCGCAGGGAACGCAGGAGGGAGCGCAGAACUCAAAGGUUGCGCCAGCAACUGAAGAAUAGGCGCCGGCAGUUGCGCGGAUAA